AUGAAACCAGAAUUACUGGGAUACAAAGUGGAUUACCAGGUUUCCGUCUACAUUGUGGCUGUCCUGGAGUACCUUGCAGCAGAUAUCCUCAAGCUCGUGGGAAACUAUGUGAAGAUAAUUCAUAGAUCUGAGAUUUCCCCAGAGGAUAUUGAAGUAGCCAUGUAUGCCGACAAGGUCCUCAUGGACCUGUUUCAUCCUGAGGGUGGUGGUUUGACUUCCCCUUCUGGUGGACUUCCACUUCCUGAAGAGAGAGCCCUUGAGGAAGCUAAAUCUUACGAUCAAGUUGUGAAGGACCUUAUAGCCCGUGAGAAAAUGUACUUACGAGAGCUCCAUCUUGCAACUAAGGUGUUUCGAGAGCAGAUCACUUCCCUCAACCCCUUCCCUGAGUCUGUGGACAGAAUCUUCAGCAACGUGGAUGAUGUAGUUGAAGUGACACAGACCCUAUUGGCAUCAUUAGAAGAUGCAGUGGAAAUGAGUGAGGAUUCCCAUCCAUUGACCAUUGGUGCUUGCUUCGAGGAUUUGGCUGAGGCUGAGGAGUUUGAUGUGUAUGACAAGUACAUUCGAGAUAUUCUUAGCCCCAAGUGCAGAGAAGAACUGGACAAACUCCUUUCUCGGCCCGAUGUGAACACAUCACUAUUGAGUGGUGGACAUGGGUUUCGGGAAGCUGUUCGUUAUGUCCUUCCGAAACUCCUCCUUUCACCUGUAUUCCAUCUUCUGCUCUAUUUUGACUAUCUGAAAGCCUGUCUACGCUUGGCAACUGUAGAAGAUGACCGUCUGAGUCUGGAGCAAGUGAUGUGCUUACUGAAUCCACUAAAGGUGGAGGUGGAACGUGUAGCUCCUUCACUCUCAUGGUCACUAGGGGACAAAGCACUGUACAGCUAUGGCCGUACAAGCCGUCAGGAAAUUUACAAGAAAAUGGCGGAUCUUCAACGAAUGGUGGAUGGUUGGGACAACAAAGACAUUGGCCAGUGUUGCAAUGAAUUCAUUGGAGAGGGGUCACUAGGAAAGGUGGUGCCUGGGAAGCGUGCAACAGAACGCUAUGUCUUUCUCUUUGAUGGCCUUGUUGUCCUCUGCAAGAGUAAUGCCAGGAGGGGAUCUGUGUCAGUAACAGGUGGUCCAGCUCAUGAAUUGAGGAUCAAAGAGAAGUUCUUCAUCAGGAAGGUGGAAAUCCGGGAUCGUGAAGACUGUGAUGAAGUGAAGAAUGGAUUCGAGAUUGCUCCCAGAUUUCAGCCACACACCAUCCUCUUUGCCAAGAAUCCAGAUGAGAAGAAUGCCUGGAUGGCAGCCCUUGUCAUGCUCAACAUUCGAAGGUCAAAAGCUGCGGUGGUGGUGGUCGUGGUCGUGGCUGUCACCCCCACCGCGCGGGCCUACGAUGCAAAGCCAUUCUGGGUCAUAGGCCAGGCCUACAAGGCUGCGCCUUUCCAAGCCAUCAUAUUAUACUUUAAUUCGAAGAGCCCGGGAGUUGUGGUGGUUGUCACCCCAGCGCGCGAGGCCUACAACAAUACCGCUGAACAACAAGAGGGAGUGAAAUCUGAGCUUCGGAAUAAGAGAGCCGUGGAGCCUGCUGAGCAACUUGAUGCAAGGAACGCAGCACUCAGUAUGCUGGAUCGAACUCUAGACAGCCUUUUGUCUGACAUGGAAGCCCAGCAUCCAUUGCCCCUCCCUGAUCCAUCUGUUUAUCGGUUUUCUGAAGAAGAUGGCCCCCAUAAUCUCAUCCUGGAAGAAACAAGACGAAGCCCAGUUCCCCUCAUCAAGGGUGCUACGCUUAUCAAGCUGGUGGAACGGGUGACCUACCAUCUGUAUGCUGACCCAACCCUUGUGCGCACAUUCCUGACCACGUUCCGUACAUUCACGACUCCUCAGCAACUGCUGGACCUCCUAAUAGAACGUUUCCAGAUCCCUGAGCCUCGCCAGGUGACUACUCGACGAGAAAUUGCCAAGCGUUUUCGUCGCGAGUAUCUUCAGCCUGUGCAGUUCAGGGUUUUAAAUGUGAUUCGUCAGUGGGUGGAUCGCCAUUUCUAUGACUUUGAGCAGGACCCAGAGCUCUUGGCCAAGUUGCAGGGCUUCCUGUCUUCCAUUCAGGGGAAAGCCAUGCGUAAAUGGCAAGACUCCAUCUGCAAGAUCAUCUACAGGAGGCUGGAUGGCUGGGAUGAUCAACGAGAGAUCACCUUGGACAGGUCCCCACCCCCCAUCGAGUGGCAUCUAAGUGUCUAUGAAGAAGAAUACAAUCUCCUUACUCUUCAUCCUAUUGAGCUGGCAAGGCAACUAACGUUGCUGGAGUUUGAAUUGUACCGAGCUGUGAAACCCUCUGAGCUGGUGGGUCAUGUAUGGACCAAGAAGAACAAGGACCUUGCUUCCCCAAAUCUCCUUCGCAUGAUUCGCCACACUGAUAAUAUCACUCGCUGGCUGCAGAAGAGUAUUGUGGAGAUGGAAAAUCUGGAAGAGAGGGUGGCAGUAGUAACUAGAGUCUUGGAAAUCAUGAUGGUUCUCCAGGAUCUCAACAAUUUCAAUGGAGUUAUUGAAGUUAGCUCAGCCAUGGACUCAGCUGCCAUUCAUCGUUUGCAGUUUACCCGUCAGAAUGUGCCUGUGAAAUACUUAAAAGCACUGGAAGAUGCAAGAGAACUGAGUAAGGACCAUUUCAAGAAGUACCAAGACCGCCUGCGCUCCAUCAAUCCCCCUUGUGUCCCUUUCUUUGGCCUGUAUCUGACCAAUAUCGUCCACAUUGAAGAUGGGAACCCUGAUAAGCUAGCCACUCCUCAGGGUGAACCAGAACUCAUCAACUUCAACAAGAGGAGACGAGUGGCUGAGAUCACAGGAGAGAUUCAGCAGUAUCAGAAUCAGCCUUAUUGCCUAUCUCCAGAACCAAAGAUCAGGUAUUUCCUUGAAAAUUUGAGACCAUUUGAGGGAUUAGAAGACAAGGAGAUUCAAGACUACCUAUAUUCCAAGUCCUUGGAGAUUGAGCCUCGUAAUGUGGAUCGACCCCCAAGAUAUCCACGAAAAUGGCCCACACUACCACUGAAGAGCCCUGGAAUCAAGCCUCGCCAUCUCCCAGGGAAGACAGCAGCCCCAUAUCCACUAUCAUUGACCUCAAGCAUCAGUGAUCGUUUGAGCCUCUUUUCAACAACAUCCAUCUCAAGACUACAUAGCUUGGCAGGAGAUGACAGCAUCUCCUCGCAUGGCACAAUGAGUGAUAUGACUGACAUGGGAACGAUGACAACGUCACCUUCUGUGAUCACGCCCCCCACCCCCUCGACGCCUCUCACCCCUCCUCUCGACACUAGCAUCUUUGCUCCGGUGCUCAUUGGCCAUCCCGAAUUUGGUGGCCCAUCUUCGCCGGGAGGGAUGUCGACAGGAUCUUCAGUGCAGUCGCCACGCGGAGACAGAGACGAUGAUACUCCACCACCCUUGCCCCCUCGAAGGAGAGGGAAUGAAGCCCCUCCAUUGCCUCCAAGAGGUGUGAAUAGACUAACCACCCCUCCACCACUGGACACCCAUUCACAAGUUCCAUUGCCGCCAAGACGCACUUCAGCCUCAACCCCUCCUCUCUUCAAUGGAAUGUCUCCUGGCACACCCACUGGGUCAAGCACUCCACGGCAUGGCCCCUUGUCAUAUGGCCCCAUAGAUGGAGUCUCUCACUUCAUCUACCCUCCACCAGUGCCACCAAGAGGACCUGAACUCCCUCCCAAGACAGUCUAUGUUGUUGCAAGGACUGAUGCACACAGCAAGGAGAAGGUCCUGGAAGCUGAACGUGGACACAGUGGACAGUGGUCGAUGGAGAUCCUCCCUCGUUCGAGAGAGGUUGCCCAGUCAUACCUCACAUCCAUAUUCACUACCCUUGUUGCCAUUUUUUGGAGCAUUCCAUUAGUGUGGAGGCAUCGACCUGACCUGGUUCUCGUGAAUGGACCAGGGACGUGCAUCCCCAUCUGCUUUGUUGUGUGGCUUCUGCGAGUGUUGAGGAUCAAGAGGUGCAUGAUCGUCUUUGUAGAAAGUGUCUGCAGAGUUCAAACCCUCUCGCUCUCGGGAAAGAUCCUAGAAUACUUUGCCGAUGAUAUUCUCGUCCAAUGGCCAGAGCUUUUGGGUGUCUGCCCCAGAGCUAGCUUCCUUGGCAGGCUUGUAGGGCAUUGCAUUCUUUUCUCCACUGGUCACUGGAAUGAGGAAGAUGGAAAGUUCCUUGCAUCUUGGGCAUCCCAAUUCUAUUGCGUGUGGAGCAUUUUUGUCGGGAUUCUCCUGUUCGGUUUCUCAUGCGUCCAGGUGUUCCGCUUUGCGAAAUUCCUUCACUUUGGUCAAGACAGUUCAUUCCUGUCUGCAUUUCUGGACGUGGUGCUGAACGUCCUGUUGAGCGCGCUGAUGUUUUCCGUGGCCCUGACCAUCACGAUGGGGUUCCAAACGUGGUGCUCCUACAUGAUUCUCCGUUUCCAGGCUUGUCAGUACGCCACCCUAAAUCCCAUCAUCACGGAUGUCGACACUUCCGGCUUCUUCAUGCAAGUCGGCACCGCCCAGUUUGGGGCAUGGAUGGCGUGGGCCUGUUGCGUGGGGCUGUCCGUGGCAUCCAUCCUCAAGCUGUGGACGUAUCAUCAGCGGGAGAACAUGAGGCUCAGCAUGGCCAAGAGCCGACAGCGGCUCUGCAAGGCCGGACUCGAGGAUGCCGCCGACGUCGACAUCAUCCAGGCCUGAGCGUCUUCGCUUUCCCGUCGGUUUGUCUGUGAUUAUUUAUCGUUCGCAUACUUGCACAUGUAUUGGCUUUACUGUUCUCUCCGAGUAUGAAUUUCUCAUGAUCCCGUGCACUGGCUGCUGUUGUAUGUGAGAUGAGAAUACAGGGCUCCAAUGGCUGCUCCUAUCCAUCUUUGUUUCAUCCCUAUUGGUGUAAAGCCUCAUUCCACACAUUCGUGAGGAUAGGAACAGACAGGUCACAUCUACCAUAAUAGGCAUAUCUGCUGCAGUAGCUCGAGUCCCUCGUAGCUUUCUCUUUGGCUUUUCUUUUGAUCUGAUGCAUUCUUGGCUUCUCUGGCAUGUAUGACUGAAGACCUACCAUGGAGAUUGUCAGAAAGACAUUCUAGCUUUAAAAACUUCCUUUUACUUAUCGCGAAGGAAGAUUAUGAGAAAGGAUAGUUCUUUAUCAUUACGACGAGCAUUCUUCCUAUUAAGAAAAGUUUCCAUGCCUGUCACCUGGGGCAUGUUGAACCCAUUCUUCUCCACUCACCCUCUUGUUUACACUUCGACCCAUUUUUUAUUCUCUACUUAGUCCAUUGCAUUUGCUAAUAUUUGUGUUAUGUUUGGAGUCUGCCUUUUUUGUAUCUCUCACUGUUUGACCUCUUUGCUGCUCUGAUUUUCAUAACAUCUUUGUUGUACUGUC